AUGCUUGUAUCAUGUGAGGACGACGUGUUUGAGGUUCCUGAGGACGUGUGCUGCACGAGUGAGACCCUGAGGCUGUUCAUUGGCUGUGGCAGCACCAGAAUGACUCUUCCGAUCAAGACGAAGCACCUGGAAAGAUGCAUCGAAUUCAUGAGAUUCAAGCACGCCUCAGAGAGUGGCGAAAGAGAGAGCAAGUGGCUUGAGGCGUUCAAGAUCAAGGACGAGGAGGCCGUGGACAUGCUGGACGUAGCCAGUUACAUGCGACUGUAG